AUGGCAGACGACGGAGCAUAUACGGCAGACGACCCUACGCUGACCGUGGGGCCCAAAAUUGUCUGUAUCACUGAGCUCUGUGACCAACAACCGUCGGCGACGACAUCCACAUUGCAGGUGGAGGCCGAUCAGAGGACGUUAGAUUUAGCACCACUACUAUCCCUGUGUCCAAAUGACGAACUGUUGGAAGCUCCUGUUGGAAUCUUGCAGGAGUGCGAUUAUCCAUCGACAGACAACGUAUAUAUGGUGGACGACAAUAAAUACACGACGAAAGAUAACGCGGUAGACGACCCUACACUGACCGUGAGGCCAAAAAUUGUAUGUGCUAUCAGUGAGCUCCGUGAUCAACAACCGACGACGACGACAUUGACUUCGAGCAAAAGUGAUGGCGACGGGUUGGAGCCUGCGACAACUACGAUCCAAGUAAAGUCAGCGGUGACUGAACAGCUUGAUUCUUACGUGGCACCGGUUAGAAUCCAGCUGUUAGAUGCACUGGCUGAUGUUAACGAUUUUGUUCCGGACGAGGCAACCGAAAGCACGACCAUAGUUUCUAUAGUCGUGGACAAAAGUGAUGGCGACGGGUUGGAGCCAGCGAUGACUACGACCCAAGUAAAGUCAGCGGUGACUGAAGAGCUUGAUUCUUACGUGGCACCGGUUAGAAUCCAGCUGUUAGAUGCACUGGCUGAUGUUAACGAUUUUGUUCCGGACGAGGCAACCAAAAGCACGACCAUAGUUCCUAAAGUCGUGGCCAAAAGUGAUGGCGACGGGUUGGAGCCAGCGAUGACUAUGAUCCAAGUAAAGUCAGCGGUGACUGAACAGCUUGAUUCUUACGUGGCACCGGUUAGAAUCCAGCUGUUAGAUGCACUGGCUGAUGUUAACGAUUUUGUUCCGGACGAGGCAACCGAAAGCACGACCAUAGUUCCUAUAGCCGUGGCCAAAAGUGAUGGCGAUGGGUUGGAGCUAGCGACGACUGCGGUCCAAGCAAAGUCAGCAGCAGCAGAAAAACCCCGGCAAGGUCGUCGUAGAUCGUUCUUAUCGGCAGUGGGAAGGCGGCUCCUCAAGUUCGGGAGGACGUUAUGCUGCUGUUGCUGUUGCAAAUAG